UAACUUCAUUCCAUUAUUUAUAGCCCCGCCACUUUCAGAGUUAUUUUUCACGUACUACAUACAAAUAUAUAACAAUUCUCUUCAAUUCCAUUUCUUAUUAAUUAAACAUCAUAUAUAUGGAAGGAUAUAGUAAUAAUGAUGACCAUUUUAGAGGAGGUAGUGGUAGUUCACAACCUACUAACCCCGUGUAUUGCCAAGCAGAUAAUUGCACUUCCGACAUGACUGACGCAAAACGCUACUUCCGCCGUCACAAGGUUUGCGAGUUUCAUUCCAAAGCUCCGGUUGUCAUGGUUAACACCAAGCAUCAGCGUUUUUGUCAACAAUGUAGCAAGUUUGAGGACCUAUCAGAGUUCGACGACACAAAAAGGAGCUGCCGGAGGAGGUUGGCCGGACACAACGAAAGGAGGCGGAAGAAGUCCAAUGAUAACCCUGCGGAACACUCGUCCGCAGGCUGAGGCCACAAAAAGAGCUGACAAGAGUAAUCAUUAGGGAGUGAUUGUGAUCAUUAUAGAUAAAACCAUAGAUUAAGCUAGCUAGCUUCCAAUCAAUGGUUUUAUCUCUAAUAUAGUGAUUUCAUUCUUUUUAAUGAUCUCUAUCUUAUGUCAAACCCCAUUUUUACUGUCAUCUUUGUCCUACCUACCUAGCUAGCUAAUAAAUUUCGACUCAUGUUUUUCUUUUUCUUUUUCUUUUUCUUGUAUGAAUUAUGAAUUAUGAUGUUUGUGGUGCGUAGUAUCUUUUCAUGCAUAAUCAUAGUCAAUUUUCUUAUAAAAUGCAUCCUCUUACAUAAGAAGUUCACAUAGGGAAUGUGAGUAAGAAUAUUUUACCUAGAGUUUGGUGCAUAAUAGAUUAUUCUGUAUUUUAUCAUAAUCAUAUCUAGUGUAUUAAGUUGUUGAUAUUCUUCUUGAGUGAGGAGGGUACAACUCUUCAUUAUCUCCUUAAUGAUUUCAUCAUUUAUUGAAAAAAGACAACCAUUGUUA